AUUGGUGUAUCAAGGUGAAAUGGAGGUGGCGGUUGUGCUGUUGUUUUGGUUUGUUUUUCUGGUGGCGGCGCCCGGCAACUCUCACGGAAGCGUCGUGACGUACGACGGAAGAUCUUUGAUCAUCGACGGCGAGCAUAAGAUGCUGUUCUCCGGCUCCAUUCACUAUCCUCGCAGCACGCCUGAGAUGUGGCCGUCGCUAAUAGACAAAGCCAAGGAAGGAGGAAUAGACGUGAUAGAUACCUAUGUGUUUUGGAACCUCCAUGAGCCCCAAGAAGGAAAGUAUGAUUUUAGCGAGGGACGUGACAUAAUAGGUUUCCUUAAGCAAGUACAAGCAAAAGGCCUCUAUGUGAUCCUCAGAAUUGGACCCUUCAUUGAGAGCGAAUGGACUUACGGUGGUCUACCCUUUUGGUUGCAUGAUAUCCCUAAUAUCAUCUUUAGAUCUGACAAUGAACCGUUCAAGCUUCACAUGGAAAAGUGGGUAACGUACGUAGUAAAUAUGAUGAAAGCACAUAAACUAUACGCUUCACAAGGAGGGCCAAUCAUACUCUCACAGAUAGAGAACGAGUAUCAAAGAAUAGAGUCUGCUUUCCCUAAUAAUUCUGGGCCACGCUACGUCAAGUGGGCUGCCGCUAUGGCAGUCGGACUUCAGACUGGCGUUCCCUGGGUGAUGUGCAGCCAACAAGAUGCCCCUGACCCAGUGAUCAAUGCAUGCAAUGGAUAUGAAUGUGGGAGGAGAUUUCAAGGACCCAACUCGCCUAACAAGCCAUCCAUGUGGACAGAGAACUGGACAAGCUAUUUACAAAGAUACGGUGAAGAGCCAUUCAUGAAAUCGGCUACAGACAUUGCAUAUAAUGUAGCCUUAUUUAUUGCAGCAAAGAAUGGAAGCUUUGUAAACUAUUACAUGUAUCAUGGAGGAACCAAUUUUGGAAGAUCUAGCGCAGCAUGGAUAAUAACAAGUUACUAUGAUGAAGCUCCUCUUGAUGAAUAUGGUUUUAUCAAGCAACCAAAGUGGGGUCACCUUAAGGAAUUGCAUGCUGCUAUAAAGUCGUGCUCAAAGCCUCUACUUGAAGGAGUACAUAGUACGUCUCCUUUGGGUAGAAAACAAGAAGCUCAUGUCUUCCAAAUGAAUUCAGGAGAAUGUGCUGCAUUUCUAGUAAAUAGGGACAAUACCUCAGAUGCCAAAGUCAUCUUCCACAAUUUUCCAUAUGAUCUGCCUGCACAGUCUAUAAGCAUUCUUCCAGACUGCAAGAAAGUCAUCUUCAAUACAGCAAAGGUUAGCACAGCGCCUAAUACAAGAUCAAUAACAACAGGCUUGAAGUUUGAUUCAGUUACAGCAUGGCAACAGUGGGAAGAAGUUAUUCCAAUAUUUUCAAAUACUUCACUCAUUACUAAGAACUUGUUAGAUCAUAUGAGCACUACAAAAGAUUCAACUGAUUACCUCUGGUACACUUUCAGUUUUCAGCAAGACUCUAAUGCUCAAUCUGUACUCUCUGCGCAAUCCGAUGCCCAUCUUUUGCAUGCGUUUGUCAAUGGAAAAUAUGUCGGAUAUGCAUAUGGAGGAGGUAGGGAGAUUUACACCUUGCAAAGUACUGUUAAUUUGAAUAAAGGGACAAACAAUGUUGCCUUGCUCAGUGUUAUGGUUGGAUUUCCGGAUUCAGGAGCAUACCUUGAACGUAAGACUGCAGGACUACAUGGUGUGAGGAUUCAAGACAAAGAUUUCACACACUCUUCAUGGGGAUAUCAGGUCAUUUACCUCUUGAUACCUAGCAAUAAUCUAGUUAAAAUGAGAUUUGAUAAAAUGUUUACUGAUUCUUUUAAGUUUUUAUGAAGAUUGGGUUACUUGGAGAAAAGUUACAAGUUUUCACAGAUCAGGGAUCAAAAAGCGUUCAAUGGAGAAAGAUAUCCCCUGGGCAUUCUCGAUUGACAUGGUACAAGGUAAGGAAGUUUGUUUGUUUCACCAGUUCUGAUUUAACUUGUUACUGGUCAUGUUCAGGAAGUAAAAACAGACCGAAACCCAAUCAAAAUAAGCAAGAAUGAUAUCAUUCAAUUUUGAGAUAGAAAAAUGAUGCAUGGAUCAAACAUAAACAUAUCUUAUUUAUAUCUCAUCAGUGUCUGUGUCUCCAAGCUAAGAUGUCAUAAAUUGUAAUCACUGACCUGUUUCUUGAAUUCUGAUUACUAGGUUCUAUUUGAUGCACCUUUAGGCAAUGAUCCAAUUGCAUUGAACCUCGGUUCCAUGGGAAAGGGAGAAGCUUGGGUUAAUGGACACAGCAUAGGCCGAUACUGGGUGUCAAUCAAAACCCCUGCACAAAGACCUUCACAGAAAUGGUAUAUGCUUUUACAAUAUAACUGGUGUCUGUUUUGUAAUAAUCAUCAUAAAACAAAACUGAGUUGGUUAUAGAAAAGGUUUACUUACCUCAUAUGCAUGCUGUUUCUGCUCAACCAUUCUUUUUCAGGUACAAUGUGCCUCGUUCCUUCCUCAAACCAACUGGUAACCUGCUAGUUCUGUUAGAAGAGGAAUUUGGGGACCCCUUACAAAUUACUUUGGACACUGUUUCAAUCACAGGGCUUCAUUGAUUGAUGCAGAAUGCAGAUGAUAGUUAACAUUUUAACUGCAAUUUUAGAGAACAGACACAGAGGAAAAGAAUCUAGUAGUAAUCCUUUGAUUCAAAAAUGUAAGCAUGCAGUAAAAAAAAAAAAACAAAAGAUAAGAGCAUCC